AUGCGACGUCCACAGACAGUACAAUGGGACCUACCUAUCAGCGACGCCGACUUCACGAUUCUGAAAAAGGGCCUCAGACCAGAAUCGAUGGACGACAAAUGGUCCGUCCAUCCAACUUACCUUCAAGAGAGCAAUGCGUACAGCGUCAGCUGGGCCCGAAGCUGGACCGGCUACCCGCACUACACGCUCAUCAUCGCGCGAAACAUCUCCAGCUCCAAAGGCCCCGUCAUCGAAUCCAUGGUCUUCGAGUCUCUCACUCGUGCGGACAAUAAAAUUACCGCAGAAAUGGCCAAGCAAGAAGUUAUCUGUCUCUCGAGAAAUGUACUGGGUUGCAAAAUUGCUGCCUUUCCGCCUAUCGAUGGCGAUAAGUUCUUCGUGUAUCCGUUGUCGAACGAUGCGCCGACUAAUGCAGCGGGCUCUGGUCAAGAUGAAAUUGAUGAGUGA